CGCUCUUACGCUCAUCCACCACUGCUCCUCAUCGCGGAUCCAGUUCUAGCAAUAAUAAUCAGCAACAGAUGUCUUCACACACACUCGAAGCGCGUGCACACGAGCUCGCAGCCGCGUUCUCAGCCAAAGACUACGAGAAAUGCGCGACGCUGCUUCCCCCUCUCAAGCUGAUGCUAGCGCAGCUAAACAUCCUCGUCCCGCUGCCCUCGUCCGAUCCAUCGCUGCUGGUGCUCGCGCGGGAUAUUUUAGAGAUUGGCGCUCUGACGUCGAUAUUCCUGCGCGACGACGUGCUCUUCAGCCGGUACGUCGCGCAGCUGUCGUCGUUCUAUGCGCUCAAGGACAAGCUCUCGCCGCCGUCGGUGAACGAGAAGAAGCUGAUCGCGCUGCGAUUACUGCUGCUGCUGUCGAGAAACGACAUUGCCGAGUUCCACACAGAUCUUGAGACGUUGGAGGACGAGGCCGAUACCGAUCAGUAUAUUCGUUAUCCCGUCAUGCUCGAGCGAUGGCUGAUGGAGGGAAGCUAUGAUAAAGUCUGGAAAGCCACCACGCAGAGAAGUGAAGUUCCGGCGGAAGAGUUUGCCAUAUUCGCUGACAUUCUGGUCGACACGAUCCGCAGCGAAAUCGCCACGUGCUCCGAGAAGGCCUAUCCAUCACUACCUCUCGCCAACGCGCAGCACCUCCUCUUCUUUUCCGACGAGUCUGAGCUGAAGGAUUUUAUUGAGCAGCGCGGAUGGACGGUCGAGAACGGCAGGAUCUACUUCCCUCAGGAGGAACCGGACGCGCUCCAGAACGGAGUCGCGAUGGAGAGCAUUAUAGAAAACACACUCGGCUACGCUCGCGAGCUCGAGACUAUUGUCUAGAUGCUAUGUAUCAUAACUAGUAA